CAUUCGAUUGCAGGCUGGGGACAGCGCCACUUCUGCAAUACUAGAUCUUUAGUCUGACAGGCAUGGUCUAUGCUGAGUGCCGUGUGAGGGUCUCAGGGUUGAGCUCACAUAGCUUCCGCCUAUGUACGCGAGACAGCAGGCCUGCAAGCGGCAUGCAAGUAGUCAGGCUGUUGCCAGCCUGUAGCUAAGAGCUUCACUGUAGUCCCUCUCUGGACGUGGCGCUCCUCCCGUCUUUGACUCCUCACCACACCAAAGUCCACCAUUGGUCUUUCUGGCCCUGAGUUAUGAGUCGCUUCCUCCGAGAUCAUCCCAUCGACUGUCCCGGUGUGAUGUACACCAGCUCGGGCUGGCCCAUCACAUGCCUGUGCUCCCCCUCCCUCUCUGACCUCCAGCCCCUCCCUUCCUCGAGUGGAGCGAAUGACGAAGAAGAUCAGAGAGCGACUGGGAGACCGACGAAGACUCGACGCUUUCGAGUAAAACACACCACCAGGAGGAGGUCUACCAGGAUCAGCGAGCAGAGUCACGGGACGGUAGAGGAAGCAGAAUCACCAGAAGCAAGCAGUGUAGCAAGCAGUGUAGCCAGCGGCUCGGCUUCACCUACCCACUUCUUUACCCGCGAGACGAGUACGUCAAGCUUUGCCAGCAGCGCCUACACUGCCCAAACUGAGGAGGAGACUGAUCCAGUCGUUCAAGCAGCUCCUACACGGAAUUUUUACAUUGGUCCUUGCGUCUGGCCAGGCGUCUACCCUGGUCUUCCUCCCUCGACAGACUACCUGCAGGAUGCUCAGCCAGACUUCAUUCAGCCGACUCAGGAGAUGGACGCCUAUCCCGAGCUCGAGAAUCCCUUCGAAGCGUCUGGGCCCACUGAGCAAGAGAUAUCUGCCCUGUUGGAGGGGUGGGAGGAUCCUCCGCCGCAAGCAGAUGUCUCCCCGUCUUCUACCCUUGACGUCAGUGGGAAUUUCGAUCAGCUGCGGGGGUCAGUGGGAAGUCACCACUUGCCUCUCUGGGAAGCUCGGCAGGAUACAGUGCUGGAGAUGCCAUUCACCAUCACGACUCAAGAGGGAGAUGUGUGGGACAAUGGCUUCUACUGAAGGCAUUGUACAAGGUGCACGCCAGUGCCUGCAUCGGAACAAUGCCGGGAACGCCAUCGGCUAUUAUACGUCGGAGCUUGAAUACGUCGGGUCGGUCGGAUCUGGGGGCGGCAGUCGGAAGA